AAAAAAAAAAGAGUUUCAAUGGCUUCCUUAUCCACAAUCUCCGUAGUAGCUUCGGCUUCGUCGCGUUUAUGGCACCCUGCUUCCUCCAACGGGAAGAUUAGCACUCCAUCUGCUUCGCUUUCUCUCCGCGCGGGUUCUAGACAGAGUCCGUUUUCUCGCAGCUCUUCCACUUCCGCUUCUUCUCAGCUGCUCCAUUGCUCGUUUCUCUCCUCAUCUCUUUCCCUGUCGUCUAAAUUUUCUGGUUUGUCCAUUGCGUUUGAUCUCAGCAGUGGAACCAGUGGUCUGAAUAGCCAGAAACGAAGAGGGCUUGUGGUGAGAGCUGGAAAAGCUGCUCUGUGUCAAACAAAGAGGAGCAGGUCAAGGAAAUCUCUGGCUAGGACUCAUGGUUUUCGUUUGAGGAUGAGAACCACUAGUGGUAGGGCGACCAUCAAGCGCCGACGUGCCAAGGGUCGUUGGAAUCUCUGCCCUAAGUCCAACCCUAGCAGUGGGAAACGUGCUUGAAUGUUGUUUCUCUCUAUCUGUAAUCUUUGUUUGAUAUGCUUUUUUUCUCGCCAGAAGAUACAAUGAGAAAACAUGAGUCGCUUAAUCGAGAGCUGACCUUCAAGCCCAAAACCACUAAAUAAUCAUGACAGAAGCUAGCUACCUAUUCUCAAAUUAUAUACUUACUGUAACAAUAACACUAUGUCAUGUGUUCAGAGUUUCUAGAUACGUUUGUUAUGCA